AUGCACCCACCUCAUAGCCCGGGCAGAGGCCCUCCGCAAGGUCCCCCCGGAGCCCUCUCGCCCGGCGCUCCUGGUCCGGCCGAUCCUAUCCCAGUCAACCAGCUUAACGACAUGUACAUGCAGCAGCAACAGGACGUCAGCAACCGCCUUGAAGCAGAUGGCAGGGGGGCGGAGUGCAAGGAGAGACGAGAAGGCGGAGGCAAUUUCCUUGUAUCAUUAGGCAUCUUAAGCAUGGCUGGCAGCGACAUGCCCGAGGUUGCAGAUCACGAGUGA